AUGGCGCUGCCCGGCUCAACUCAGCUGCUCCUGCGGCGAGCAAUCCGCGUCACGGUCUCAAUUGAAGCAAAACCCAUCCUGACCAGACGCCCAUUCCGCACCUCGGUGCCGGUCCUCAAAAAGCGCAAAAUCGCAGCAGCAAGCAACUCGCCCCCACGCACACAAGCUCCGCCCCCACCCUCUUCGUCGUCGUCGUCGUCGUCGUCGUCGUCGUCGUCGUCGUCGUCGUCGUCGUCGUCGUCGUCGUCGUCGUCGUCGUCGUCGUCGUCGUCGUCGUCGUCGUCCCCCAACCCCGAAGACCCGCUCGACUUCUCCUCGCUCGUGGCCUCGCUCGCGCCCCAGGACACGUACUACAAGUCGGCGCUCCAGACGAUCCUCCACGGCGGACGGUUCAACCCGUCGGCGCUGGGCGGGCUCCCCAUCGCAGUCAAGUCCGCGUCGGGCGAGGCGUCGACGUUCCCGCUGGGCGAGCUGGCGCAGGUGGUGCCGCGGACCAACCGCACCAUCUCGCUCCUCGUCAACGACAGGGAGUACAUCAAGCCCAUCAUGAGCGCGGUCCAGUCCAGCCGCGAGUUCAACCAGCAGCCGCAGCGGUCCGACGACAACGACCUCGAGCUGCUGCUCAAGGUGGAGCUGGAGAGGAAGGAGGAGCUGGUGCGGCGCAUCAGGGAGACGACGCACGCGUGGAGGGACAAGGUGCGCCAGGCGAGGACCAGGCACGACAAGGUGCUCAAGGGGUGGCAGAAGGACGGGACCGUGCUCAGGGACGUGGUGAGGAGGGCCGAGAGGGAGCUGCAGAAGCUGCAGGACGCCAAGAUGAAGGAGAUUGACGGCGAGGAGAGCGCCGCCAUCAAGGGGCUGGAUCGGAACUAG